AUGCAAACAGCCUCUAAAAUCUUUGUCAUCUCUGGCCCUUCAGGCUCUGGAAAGUCUACUUUAUUAAAGAAACUCUUUGCUGAAUAUCCCUCUACAUUUGGCUUUAGUGUCUCACGUUUAAUAGAUACUACACGUAAGCCUCGUCCAGGAGAAGUGGAUGGAAAAGAUUAUCAUUUUGUUGAAAAAGAAGACAUGAUAAAGGAAGUAGAAGAUGGUAAAUUCAUUGAAAGUGCUACAUUCUCAGGAAACAUGUAUGGCACUUCCAUUAAAGCUGUUGAGGAUGUGGUGGCGCAAGGCAAAGUCUGCGUUCUUGAUAUCGACAUGCAAGGUGUUAAAUCUGUCAAGAAAACUUCAUUAAAUCCCAAGUAUAUAUUUAUUAGACCACCUAGCUUUGACAUUUUGGAACAACGUCUUCGUGGACGAGGAACGGAAAAAGAAGAAGCUAUUGUGGCACGUUUGAAUGCUGCUAGAGAAGAAUUAGAAUAUGGUGCGACUCCUGGUGCUUAUGAUCAUGUUAUUGUCAAUGAUGAUUUAGAUACAGCUUAUGAUUCUUUAAAGAAGGCUAUUUUCGUUCAGUAG